AUGGAGUUUCCUGAGAGCAAGAAUGAGGAUGUUGUGCAAGUGAUCAAGGAUGUCGGGAAAGGUUUGGAUAUGGAUAUAACUGACUCGAUGAUAGAUGCCUGUCAUCGACUGGGGAGACGAUCUGAACCUGGAAGUCCACCACCUGGUAUAAUAGUGAAGUUUGUUAGACGUCUAGACAAGGAGGAAACUUCUGAAGAAACGUCGUGUGAAAUCCAACUUCUCGACCAGACACAUGAACUUGACAAUGGAUCAGCCUGUGUACCUGAACGAGUCCCUUUCACCUACAAGGCGGAGACUGUUCGCGGAGGCGAGGAAGGCAAAGAAGGACAAAGGAUACAGGUUCCUGUGGGUCCGCAACGGGAAGAUCCUCAUGCGCAAAGAAGAGAAGAGUCCAGUGAUUCAGGUGACCUAAUAUUUUGGGGAUGUCUGUUUGCUGUGACCUCUCUACUGGUCAGUGGCUACACCUGCUACCUCGCCCAUCUCGUGUCGCGUAGCAGCGUGGAAGUGAUAGUGGACAACCCUAGCUACUCCCUGGAGAACAUUGACUUCCCUGCAGUAACUGUAUGUCCCAACUCUAAGCUGAUGAGGAGCAGAGUGCAUAAUCUUCUAGCAAAGAAGACAAUGACUGUUGAGGACUUUGAGAAGUUUGAGAACACGUUGAUUGCUCUGGACCUAAUGAAUUAUCCAUUUUAUCAUCUUCCACAGUACUUUAUAGAGGUUCUGAACCAUUCUGCUUAUACUAUACCGACUAUGGAUAUAUAUAAUGUCAUGUUGAAGGUAAGGCCACAUUUGUCAGACAUUAUCGAGAAUUGCAAAUGGCGCGGCCGCCCCAUCAGAUGUAAGCUGUUGUUUCGCAUACAAGUGACAGAGGAGGGAUUUUGCUUCUCGUUCAACAGCAAAACUGCAGAAAGGACUUUGAAUUAUGUUCCCACAGUACCCCCUGUGGAGUUACCGGAUGGAUCACUUGAGUGCUUGAGAAAUAAUGCAGCAGGCAGGGGCAGUGGUCUUUCAUUUGAGUUGAAAUCAAUUGAACACGAAGCUCUAAAGAAGAGUAAGAAGGACAAAGGUUAUUCAAUUAUGGUCCACGAUCCCAGCUCUUAUCCCGAGAUUCCACACAAGAUGAAUGUGUUUUGGAAAAACUGGACUCACUCUCGUAUCAGUGUGCUGCCCACCACCGUGAAAUCCGAUGCAAAUCUCAAGCACAUCAUGACUCCUUACAGGGGUUGCCAGAUGGACAGUGAUAUUAGUAUUAACACAUGUUUCUUCAAGUGUCGCCAGGAUGAGAUCUUGAGAAGAUGUGGCUGCUUACCUUACUACACGAAAGAGAAUAGAGAUAAAGAGACUUGUGGUCUUCAACAUCUUGAUUGUCUGGCGUCCAUUAACAUUCAGUUGAGGAACCCAAUAGCAGCUGAAGAAGAAUACGCAGGAAUAAGUUACCCUGAUUGGAGUGUACCCCUGACGAUGUGGUGUGAAUGUAUCAGUCCAUGCUCGUACACCACCUACGAGACGGAUAUCACUGAAGUUCCAGCCGAAGAGAUGAAUGGUCAUAUCGGCAGUUCAAGGCCCCUGUGUUUGGUUGAAGUUAUCUACAAACGUCCUUUUGCAACAAGUUACAUCAAAAAGGCUCAGUUUAGUGCAGAAGAUUUUUUAGUGGAUGUGGGUGGAGUGGCAAGCCUGUUCCUGGGCUGCAGUAUUCUCACACUUGUUGAAAUUGUCAUAUUCGUGGGUAAGCUCUCUUACAAGACUUAUGUUGUUCUCUUUGUCAAGAAUACACUAGUUCAUCCGUUUUUGGAAUAGUCAUUUAAUAAUAGACUGAUGUUCAAUAUUAGUGUAGCAUGUAAUGAAUGUAUUGGAAUAUGUAAUAGGUUUCAAAAAUAUAUUAAAUGAAUUGGCACAUUAAA